CGCAGCAGUAAACAGGAGAGGAGCAGAGAGCUUAGUCGCCUGUGUAUGAACGUCCAGGAGCCACUGCGUGGACUAUUUCACCAGCUACGCCUAAAACACGUCCGUUCUCUGCCUCUAACAGAUGCCAUAAAUUAACUGAGCACAAGUUUGUCAGCUUUGCGCCUGUCUUUUCUUCGGUCCUGCCGUUUUAGUGGGAACUUUUCUUGGAGCAGAGAGAGGAGAGAAGGAGGCACCAUGCCACGAAGGACUGUUCAAGACGUAACAGUUCAAGAUGUGCAGAAGAGGAGAAACCCCAGCAAGCAUUAUGUUUACAUCAUCAAGGUGUCCUGGUCUGAUGGCACCACAGAAGUCAUUUUCAGGAGAUACAGUAAAUUCUUCGAUCUGCAGAUGGAACUUCUGGAUAAGUUCCCUGUGGAAGGAGGGCAGAAGGAUCCAAAGCGAAGAAUCAUCCCCUUUUUACCAGGGAAAAUUCUGUUCAGACGGAGCCACAUCAGGGACGUGGCCAUGAAACGCCUGAGGCCCAUAAACGAAUACUGCAGGGCCCUGAUCCAGCUGCCUGUGUAUAUUUCCCAGUGCGAGGAAGUGCGCGUGUUCUUUGAGACGCGUCCCGAGGACCUGAACCCUCUGAUAGAGGAACCCAUCGGGAAAAAGAAAUCAGGCAUUGUGGAGAGAGCGGCUUCUUUCCUAAAGCGAGGAGACUCCACUUCAGCUGACCCGCUUCUGCUGGACCAGUAUGUGGCUGUGACAGACUAUGAGAAGCAGGAGAGUUCAGAGAUCAGCCUCCAUGUGGGCCAGGUGGUGGAGGUCAUAGAGAAAAAUGAAUCAGGUUGGUGGUUUGUGAGCUCAGAGGACGCUCAAGGCUGGGUGCCUGCGACCUGCCUGGAGGCUCAGGAUGACCCGGAUGAUUUCUCUCUGCCAGCGGAGGAAGGAGUGUGCCGGAGAUUCUGGUCACUGCCGAGGCACGUGGGUCGCCGGCGCACUUUAGGGGAUCUGUUCAGCACAAGCUUUGGGCAAGAAGAGAAGUACACAGUGAUCUACCCUUAUGCGGCUCGUGAUCAAGAUGAAAUUGAUUUGGAGAAGGGCAUGACCGUCGAGGUCAUCCAGAAAAAUCUGGAGGGCUGGUGGAAGAUCAGGUACCAAGGUCGAGAGGGCUGGGCCCCAGCGUCCUAUCUGAAGAAGGCCGACAUCCUAAGCCAGAAAAUGGCAGCUGGAGCUGCGGCUCAUGCCAGCACCAACGACCUGGAGGGGGUCUGCAGGCAGCAGAACGCGAGCAAAGAGAACAAGGAAAACCAGAGAGAGCGGUUUGCUCCAUUUUCAGACAACAAGCGGAAAGCUGGGGCGCGACAGAGACCUCCUCCACGCCGCGACCUAACAAUACCUAGAGGAGUGAACUUGCCCAAGCCUCCAGUGCCUCCACAGGUGGAAGAAGAGUACUACACCAUCGCUGACUUCCAGACAACCAUCCCUGAUGGCAUCAGCUUCCAGGCAGGAGUAAAAGUCGAGGUGAUUGAGAAGAAUUCCAGUGGCUGGUGGUACAUUCAGAUCGAUGAUAAGGAAGGCUGGGCUCCUGUAACUUUCUUGGAUAAAUACAAGAAGACCAGCAAUGCCUCCAGACCUAAUUUCUUAGCCCCAAUGCCUGGGGAGAUGGCUCAGCUGAAGCUGGAGGAUGUUGGUCCAUCCAAUAACAGCAGCACAGAAGAUAACUGGUCCAAACCCCUGCCAGAUGAGCCCUCUUCUAGUGCUGACUUUGCCACACGUCCCAAACUGAGAGAUUGGAAGUCCAAUGCUGUAAAGAGUGGUUCUCCUUUCUCUGCACCUUUACCUCCAGCUCCUUCUGCACCUCCUGCUGAGGAGAAACCAGCGCUACCACCCCGAAGAGAAUCCAUUAAUAAAAGCCUUGAAGUAGAGGAGAAGCCUAAACCAGAUUGUUCCAAACCGCUUCCGCCCAAGCCUCCCGCUCCUGGGGUCAUCAUGCCUUUAGUGCCUCCCAAGUCAGCUCCAUUCAAACCGGACAAGCCUCCAGAGCCCAAAAAAGAUGAGAAGAACAAGGCUUUGCACUUACGCAAUGAGAUGGGCUUGGAGUGUGGCCACAAGGUGUCUGUCAAGGAGGUCAAGAAGUUCAACCUGAAGCCUGUGCCAAAGCAACCGCCAAAGCCCAAGCCUGACAGCCAAGAAGAGAAGACAGAGUCCAUCAGUCCAGCACCUUUCCUCAAGCCUAAACCAGUCCUAAGGCCCAAACCGGCUCCUCCUGUCAAACCUGAAUCCCAGGGCAAGAGUGAGUUGGACAUUACCAACCUAAGGAGCAAGCUACGUCCAUCUAAACCACCUGAGCCUAACUCAGGAGGCUCAGGUGAUGCAAGCCAGGAAAAUGGUACCAACAGUCCUUCAAAUAAUGUUAAUAAUGGCAGACCGAGCGAAGAACAAAAAUGUCCACCUAAGCAGCAGAAUGGCCAUGGUCAUGAUCAGCCAGAGGUUCCUAAACCCCAAAUACCUCCCCACAAAGAACCUCCACAGAGGCCCAGCGGUGCACCUAGAAGGCCUCCUCCGCCAAAAAAGAGCUCGGAGCCAGCCAGCCCCACUGAAACCAGAGCCCCACCGCAGAAUGACGCUCCGGAGGCCAAGCCCGCAGCCCCUCAGAACAGACCACCACCACCCAAGCCUAAGGCCUUCCAGCCUCCAGCCUUGAAAGACAAGGAGAAGGAAGAGCCCAAGGCUAAAGUGCCUGUCCCGCCAAAGCCCCUGAUUAAAGCUGAUAAACCUGGGCCUCCAAGAGACAAACUUCCACCGCUACUCAAAGAUCCAGCCAAGGAGGAGCUGUUCCUGGCAGUAGCGGACUUUGAAGGAGACGACCAAACACCUGGCUUUAGAGAGGGCGCCGUGUUCGAGGUGCUUGAGAAGAACAGCACCGGUUGGUGGUUUUGUAAAAAUGUGAGUGAUGGGUCAAUGUCUGAGGGCUGGAUCCCUUCCAAUUAUCUGACCAAAAAACAUUAGGUACUCGUAGACCCCUCUUUUUUUUUUUUUUUUUUAAACCUAUCUGUAUCUAUUUAAUUAGUCUUGUUAUUUAUGGGUACCUUUUAGUCGAAGUCUCGUUACAUUCCAUUCUUUCACAAGUUCAGACAGAUCAAAAUUCGUUUGUUUGUGCUUGCUCGUUUCUGACUGUCCCCUUGGGGACGUGGGUGGAAUAUACAGUGCCGAGACACUUCUUUGGGAGAAAACGCUGAAUGUCUCACAUUCCUAACCCAUUAGCUCUAUGCAUGUUAACCAAGCUCAUACUAUUUUUAUAUUUAGCGCUAUAAGAUACUAGCAAUAUAUUAAUGACUUCUUGCAGCCUCCAAUGCUAAUGUGCCUCAAUAUAAUAUGCAGUUCCCCAAGCGUAUUUACAGCAUUUGCAUAUUAGUGAAACGUCUCCAAGUCAAACCUCAACGUGCUCAAAAAGCAGUGAAGGUAUCUCAAUAGUAAUGGAGAUGCAGUUGAUGCGCUUGAGCCUCGAAAAAAUGAAUCACAAGCCAAAUCAGCCUUUAAAGUCACAAAGGACACAUCAGCUUGGUAGAGCUUAUUAAGAAAUCAGCUGAUUUUAGGGGCUAAUAUAACAACGCAGCAGACCUUUAUAUAAUUAACAUUUUGUAAAGUGGCUAAUGCUAAUUUUUGUACUGCUUAUUUAUCCACUUUUUUUUGAAAAGCCAAUUUUGGGUUAUUGCAAUGCUUCAACUUGCACUUUUGUUAGAGAUGAAGUUCACAGAUUUCAUCACUGCGGCAUUGAUGAGAAAGAACAGAAUGAAAUGAAAGGAAUCGUGAAACGUGGGGAAAAAACAAGUUUUAACAAGUUUCGAUGUUAAUAAACAAACGAUCCGAUUAUACAAAGUGAUGAGGACUAUCCGAUACCAUAGUGUGUAAAUAAAAAAGGAAAAGGAGUUUGACACAAUACCUCAGACCAUCCGUACACCCUGUUGUUUAUCAGUGUUGCCCUAAGGCAUGUUCGUGCCACCGAUGAUGGUGCUUAGAUACAGUAUUCUACAAUCAUUUUAAUGUUUAAUUAACAUGCAUGCUUGACUGGUUUCAAGUGUACAUUUGAAUAGCUAUUUUGUUCCUUUAUUAACACUACAUUUGACGUUUUGUAGUUAUUGUAAGUUGCUUGAAACUAUCUACGUUGUACUUUACGUUGUUGUUACUGGCUGGGAAAGCCGAGGAAACGUGUUUUUAAAAAAAAAAAAAAUCAUAUUUUCAUUUAGAGACGUUGGUCAGCGGCUCCGAGUUGCUAGGUUUUUCCUCUAACAUUCUCUUAAUAAAAACUAAACGGAAAACGCGGUUGAACAUGCUUGGAAACGCUGCUCUGGUGAGCAUUCGACUAAGGAUGUGCUUAGUCUGGAUAGCAACGUGCUUCCUGAACAAGCAUCAGUCUGCCGAUAAAUGUGGAAAACUUCGAUAGAUGCUGUCGUGCGGAGGCGCCUUUUCAUUCACACACUUCUGUAAUCUGUUCGCUACUUGCGUUGUUGAUAGAAUGUCAACUGUGCCGUUUUAUUUCCUUAUUUCUAAUAAAACCCAAAUAAACAUUUCAAAUAGUG